AUGGAACAGUUCCUCCUGGAUAGCGUCCCCCGCUAUCAAUCGCUCGUUCGCGCGUUCAAACCCCCGCAGUCGAACAAACCCACAGACACAACAAAUAGCUCUAAUAUCACUGUGGCUACUCGUAUUCGCCCCAUGCUAGAUGAUGAAAUUUCCUCUGGCCAAGUUGCAGGAGUUUUCGCUCGCAAGGGGGGGAGUGGAUCGGUCGAUAUUCACGAGCUUAGGAAGAAAGUCAGGGGUCCGCCAAUAUUGAACUCUUUUUCUUUUACUGUUGACAAGGUCUUUGGCCCUGACCAGACUACGGAAAUGAUAUAUGAAGAUAUCGUCCAGCCACUCGUUCCUUGGGUGUGUCAAGGCAAUGUGGGCACGCUAUUUGCAUAUGGACAGACGGGGUCUGGGAAGACGUUUACAGUGAGCGGCUUGGAAAGGCUCAUCGCCACGUCGUUAUUCGACAGCCAUUUGGAAGAGAAGCCAGAAGUCCAUGUGUGUAUCUUUGAGCUGGCUGGAAACUCGGCUCAUGAUCUUUUGAAUGCUCGUCAAUCAUUUUCAAUUCUCGAAGAUUCAUUCGGUGACACGCAGCUCGUUGGAGUCCAGGAUAUUCACGUCAACAGCGCCUCGGAGCUUCUGCAACUGAUUGAACGUGCCUCUUCAUUUCGACACACAGCUAGCACAGAAAAAAACGACGGUUCUUCACGGUCACAUGCCAUCUGUCGUAUUCGAGUCAAGAACCCAUCGCCAGACUCCCUAGACGAUGGAAUUCUGUAUCUUGUCGACCUCGCGGGUUCCGAGAUCGCCCGCGAUGUAGCUGCACACACCGCCAAUCGCAUGAAAGAGACACGAGAGAUUAAUAUCAGUCUUUCUGUUCUCAAGGACUGCAUACGCGAAAGGGCAGCACUAGACGCUGUGGUGGCAACCGAAAAAUCAUCAUCAUCAUCAUCAUCAUCAUCAUCAUCUAAAAGACCAUACAUCCCAUUUCGCCGCAGCGCACUGACAAAAGUUUUAAAGCAUCUAUUUGACCCUGCGGAUGAUAGCCUCAGUGCGAAAACUGUCGUUUUGGGAUGCAUUAAUCCCAGCUUCUUGGAUGUUGCAGCCAGUAAAAACACGCUUCGGUAUGCAGAGAUGUUGAGGGUGGUUACGCCAAAACGUAAACAGGUGGAAUUCGAUCCAAAUAUACCAACGACAUGGACAAAUAAGGAUAUAAAAAACUAUAUCGAGGCUGAAUCCGGCGUUCCAAAAAUAUCCCCUGCCGUUCUUGCGCCGCAUGAAUCUGGUCUCCAACUCCUCCGACUACCGGUUGCAGAAUUCAUACAUCGCUGUCUUCAAACAGAUGGAGUAACAGAUGGCCAGGCCAAGGCGUUCCAUUCUAAACUGUGGGAUUUGCACAUUCGAUCUCAACACAGCACCACAACGACAGACUCGUCGAAGGACAGCAGGAAAUCCCAAGAGUUAUGGCCCGACAAGUUUAGAUCAAGCCGCGACGUCCAUCCUGGAGCACAUUUGGUGCCUUUCAAAGAACGCAUUCGACCUGGAAUGGUAGUCCGGUGGAAUCCCCCGGCGGACUUUGCACUGCAGUUUCAGAGCAAGCACAACUUGGCUGUCAUAUUAUGUCCUCAGCAGGCAGUGGGGGAAGGCGUUAGAGACUUUUUCGGACAUGAGGUCGGAAAGAAUAAAGAGGGCCAGGAAGAUAGUGCAAAUUUCCAACGCUAUCUAUGCGCCAUAGUCCUGCCAGGGGCGUUGGCAGACACAUAUGAAGUUAGUCUUUGGAGACAGGUUGUCAUAGAUGCGGAUGAGAUGGAGACAGAAGUUCUGCUGCAGUAUGAUACUUCCACUAGGUACUAUCAUACCACGAUAUAA